UCCACCAUGUCCGUCUGCUCCAGCAACAGGAGCUAUGGCAGCCGUGUCUGCCUGCCCAGUGCUUGUCCCAGCUCCUCCUGGGAGGUGGAAGACUGUCCUGAGAGCCACUGUGAGCCUCCUUGCUGUGCCCCCACCUGCUGCCAGUCCACCUGCUGCGAGCCCACCUGCUGCCAGUCCUCCUGCUGCCAGCCCACCUGCUGUCAGUCCUCCUGCUGCCAGUCCUCCUGCUGUGCCCCAGCCCCUUGCCUCAUCUGCACCCCUGUGAGCUGUGGGUGCAGUCCCUGCCAGUCAGGCUGCACCAGCUCCUAUGAGCCCUCCUGCUGCCAGCAGUCCAGCUGCCAGUCCUCAUGCUGCAAACCUGUGUGCUGUGUGCCUGUCUGCUGCAAGCCUGUGUGCUGUGAACCUGUCUGCUGUAAGCCCGUCUGCUGUGAAUCUGUCUGCUGCAAGCCCAUCUGCUGCAAGCCUGUCUGCUGUGAAUCUGUCUGCUACAAGCCCAUCUGCUGCAAGCCUGUGUGCUGUGAAUCUGUCUGCUACAAGCCCAUCUGCUGCAAGCCUGUGUGCUGUGAACCUGUGUGCUGCAAGCCCAUCUGCUGCAGGCCAAUCUGCUGUGAGUCCAGCCCCUGCUCAGCCUCUUCAUGCUGCCAGCCCUCUGUCUGCUCCUCCUCCUGCUGCAAGCCCUGCUCCAGUGUGUCCCUUAUCUGCCGCCCUGUGUGCAAGCCCGCCUGCUCUAGCUUCUCAUGUGGCCAGAACUCUUGCUGUUAA